AUGGCACUCGACGACGCUACCUAUAGUCAACACCUUCACCACCGCGGGUCGGUAGACCAGCUGUUUGAGCUGGUGGAGGGCCUCGACGACACCCAGAUUCAUUCUUUACUCGAGGAUUUUAACAAUACCGUCACGAGCAAUGUUCCAGUCUCCCACGGUAUCGAGUUUUUCGAACACCCGACCUCUGUGGUAAGAGCAAAGACUACACCCACGACGACCACGACAACAACAACGGAACCGACAAGAUCGUCUUCGAUUCGAAAGAGCUUUAAUAAGCUGCCUCGAUUGUUUACGCGCUCGCCGAGCAAGAGAUCUGCCUCGGCACCGAUACAGCGCCCCCAGACUGGUUUGCCGCCUGCGACAAGACACUACCGACGAAUCAGUCGACCUGUUCUGCCAAUGCUGUCAAAUGGCCCAGACCUGGAUGCUUUGCUAUCGGCAUACCUGUCGCCUGCACCACCUCCAACAUCGCACAAGACCAUCUCCCCGUCGAGAUCGAUAUCCAGCAGCUCUACUCUAAGCAUCGAGGCAGAAGACUCAGGUGUUGAUGCGCUUGCACCCCUGGUCUUUGGCAGACCACAAAGGGAGGAGAGCCCUAUGGGCGAUAUCAUGGAAGUGCUAUCCUUCUAA